AUGAAUCUUAUGAUCCUAAUCUUCUCGGCGAUAGCCAGCGCUGUUGCCAGGCCCCAGGGUUACAAUUUAGCUCCGCCUUCCGGUCCAUCUUUACUCCCACGAAAAUGCAGCAACGGACAGGUGUUACAUGUGGACGGUAGAUGCGUUACUCCAAGAGUUAACCGUCGUGUUUUUUUGUAUGAUGUGCCCAAAACUCCCACGCCAGUAGGUCCUCCACCUUUUAUCCCUGCACCAACUGUUGAGACUAACCUGUUGUUCAUCCGAACUCCUGAAGGAGCACAAGGCCCAGAUCCCAUCGUGGUACCUCCGCCACAACAGGAACAUGUCGUAUACAUCCUCAAUAAACAGUCUGAAGAAGCUCAAAAGGUAAUCGAGGUUCCGGCAUCGCCACCUUCUGAUCCUGAAGUUUAUUUCGUCAAUUACGCCGAAGGAGAGAAUCCAACUCUUCCCAGCGGAGUCGAUCUGCAGACUGCCUUGGAUGCGGCUUCGGCUGGCAGUGGUCAAUCUGUUGGAGGUUCUGAAGAUUUCUUUACUGGUGGGGUGGGAAGCGCCAUUGGCAGCAGCAAUAUUUUCAAAAGCAACAUCGGUUUGGGAAGCACCAGUGGUUUCGGAAGCAUCAGCAGAUUUGAAAGUGACAGCAGUUUCGGAGGCAGCAACGGUUUCGGAAGCAGCAAUGGAUUUGGAGGCAAUAACGGCUUCGGAGGCAGUAAUAGUUUGGGAAGCAGCAAUGGUUUUGGUAUCGGCAACGUUUUUGGAAACAGCUUUGGUUUAGGAGGCAGCAAUGGAUUUGAAACCAGCAAUGGUUCAGAAGAUGGGAGUGGUAAUAAUUUUCCCUCUAGCAAUAACGGAAGGUUUGGCAUUGGUGGUGCUGGAAACAGCAUCUCCGGUAAUGGCCCUGUGGUUAUGCCGACACGUUUGUACAGAACACCUUAA